AUGAAGAGAUUGUUCAUUACAACUUUCUUUCCUUCUUCAAAUGUCCCAUCAUCAACAAGUUGUUCCAAAAGUUUACCAUCAUCAUCUGCUGGUGGAUUCGAUUUCCUAGUACAAAUUCUUAGAAACAAGGGAAUUACUGAUUCAUUCUUACUGGAAAUCAAUGAUGUUUCCACACUUCAAACAUUAGCGCGAGACUAUGGUUUACCAUUUGAACCAUUACAAAAAUACCAUCAAAAUCUGUUAAAAAACAAACCUUCCAACUUUGAACCAAUUAGACAUAAUAGUAAUCAAGCUAGCAUUCUAACAUCUCCUUCCAGAUCCUCAUCAUUACUUUCCUCUCUAAUGAAUGAUAGUUAUUUAGAAGAGGGUUUAGAUGAUGAGUCAACUUCCUAUUCUUCUAGAUCGGCCUCAAUUUCUAUUCCCUCCUCUCAUUCUUCAUCCGCCUCGAUUGUUAAAUCAUUUGGUACAAUCAGUUCCUCAAUUGACGAACACUUCUUUGAUGAUGAUAAGGAAAAGAUGAGAAAACCAAUUACCACUAACGAUAACCGCCCAACAACUCCUGUAAAUUAUGAAGCUGCCACCACAUCUUGUUUAUCACAAGAAGAAAAAGCGAAAAAAGAGUUGGAAAACAUUCUAGAUAUUAUUCACGACAAUAAUUAUAACUUUCCAAAGUCUGCACUUGUUGCUGCAUUCAGAAAGACAAUUAAUGAAGGUCGUUUACCAUCCAGUCCUGCUUUGAAUCCAACCUCUCCUUCUUCCCCCAGUUAUAAAUCAUUCAUGUUCAAUGAUGUUGACUCUGAUUCUGAAUAUGAUGAUUCUCCAACCUCACCUGUAUUAUAAUAACAGAUCACUUGUACAAUAUUCUUAACUAUUCAAUUUUGAAAAGAAAAUGAAUAAACCAUUCGUUUUCAAAUCCUAAACUCAAUGACUCAAUAAACCAACCUAUUCGAAAUAAACGAAAAAA